GACCGGAGGUUGUGACGAGGGGGGAAAGCCCCCUCGUGCACGCCUCGGGGAGCACGACGGGCUGAAUUUAACGUGGAACAACCGUACGUUUUGUGGUGUUCUGUGCACGGUCAGUGCUCACGCCACAGAACGAAUGCCAGGCAACGUUCUGCGCUCUCCCGACGGGAACCACGCUGGCUUCGCCCGUAUACCUUCAGUUUACUAUCGUAAGCUCACUCGAACAGGUGAGCGCCGCGCUCACGGCCGAUCGGACGAUGACACGGUUCUAUGCAAAUUCGUUCGUCAGCGUCAUAAUCGCGCGUGAAAAGAAUUCGAUUUUAUUUUAGUCUUAUCUACCUUAGACCCGGAAGAACAAAAAGUGCAAAAAGUGUUAUUCGUAAUACAAGAAGAGUUUAAAAAAAGAGGUUUUAUUCACCGAUUUGGCUCGUGCAAAUUUUCACUUCCGAUCAACGGCGGAAUGCAAGGGAUCGCUCUUCAAACUCGAGUGAAUAUUUUAAACACGGUGAUUACCCUUAGAAAAAAGAUUUUGAAUUUUUAAUUACAGUGACAGUGAUUUGAUAAUUAAAUUAUAAUGAGCUCCUCGAUUUCCGUCACUGUAUGUGUGUUACGUGCGUUACACGACUUACUGAAUGGAUAAGAUACUGAAAAGAAAUACUAAUCAAUGACGUCGCUUCGACAUUUUAUCGAUGUUACAGUGUGAAAAGAAUUGAAGAGCAACAACAAUAAAAAUCAACUAAUUCGCUCUGAUUCCUUUAUAAGAGUUUAUUGACAGUGUUGUGUCAGUGCGAACACAUUUUGCAUGAUUCUCAAUUAUGCUAACGCUAGCAUGGACACAGCGUGCUAAAGACUGAAGUUACAAUAAGACAAUUGUGUGAAUAAAAACAUUCGUUUUCGUCGCUGAGACAUACCAAACAAGUCUGUUCCCGCCAUUGUACUACACGUCAAAUAAAAGUUCUGGAGCAUUUUUAUUAAUAAACUGCACGCCUAUGCAUUGAUUUCACUAAGAAGUGAAAAAUUCUACGAGGAGGAACAUGUCGAUUACAAGCAUCGUUCGAUCAAGAUGACGGAUAAGCAAACAGGAUCGUCCUCCUGGCUAUUGCGAUCAUUCAAAAGAAGCCGGUUUAAAAUAGAAUUAUACUUCAUAUUUGGAUAUUUCUUAACGUAUUGCUCGGCUAGAAAUAAUCCUCCCAGAUUUCUCAUAGACGGACAAACAGAAAUUGUCCUCAGACUGAAGGAAGGAUCGGAAACACCGAUUGGUAGCCUAAUUUAUAAGCUCAGAGGCAUCGACCCAGAUAACGAUAUAUUAACUUUUGGCGUUCGAGAGCAACCUGGUAGCGACGUGAUUCGAGUGGAAAAUUUUGGUUUCAAUGAAGCCAACAUUUUUUUGAAUAAGUUGCUGGACAGAGAGACGAAAGACGAAUAUGCACUCGUGUUAACAUUGACGGAUGGAAGAUUGGGAGAAGGAAAUUUCAUUACGCAAAGUCUGCUGCUUCUUGUCGAGGACAUUAACGAUAAUGUUCCGAUUUUUCGCCCACAUCCUACCUCGUUAACACUUCGGGAGGAUUCACGCCCAGGUGUUUUAACAACGGUGGAAGCUACGGACGCCGAUUUAGGUGCUCAUGGUCAAGUGGUAUACUACCUUCAGGAAUUGGACGGCGAUAACAACGUUUUCAGCAUAUCGACCGUCAAUGGCAAGGGCGUUAUACGUUUAGUGGGUUCCUUGGAUUACGAACGAAAGUAUCUGUAUCAACUGCGGAUCCUGGCUAUAGAUCGUGCAAUAAAUGAAAAGGUAAAUACGGGAACGACCGCGAUUUUGAUUAAAGUACAGGAUGUGGAGGACCAACCGCCGGAGUUCAUAGCCAUGACGCCUGUCGCAAGGAUCAGCGAAAAUGUCAGGAUUGGCACAUCUGUUUUGCAAGUUCGUGCUGUGGACGGCGAUAAGGGGAUAAACAACAAAGUGACUUAUAGCAUCACGAAGGGACCGAGAUAUCUAUUCGACAUUGAUGCGACUUCUGGUCUUGUAUUCACGAGAGCGCAAUUAGAUAGAGAGGCCGAGGAGAACAGCGAUGGUACUUUUAUUCUCGAAAUUACGGUGAAGGAAGUAUCCAAGAUUAAUCCACCACCGUCUGUCAGUACCGAGGUGACCAUUAUUCUAACCGACGUAAAUGAUGAAACGCCGACGUUUCGAAGUAUGCUAUACCGUGCCGAAAUAAAUGAGAACGCGCCAGAAAAUACGCCAGUCAAUUUCAUUGGCGAUGCUGUACCGGAAGUUUUUGAUCACGACUUGGGUUCCAAUGGCACAUUUCAAAUAUUCAUUCAAGGCGACGGUGGGAUAUUUGAUGUGACACCAUAUCGCGGGAUUAAUGAGGCGCCGUUUUUAAUACGCGUUAAGGAUUCCAGUAAACUUGACUUUGAGAAAAUAUCCGUGGUAAACCUCACUCUCGUCGCGAAAGAAAUCACGGCGGUUUCGCCGAAGUACAGCGCGGUGCCAGUUACGAUCUUUGUCAAGGAUCAAAAUGACAAUUAUCCCGAGUUUACAAAAAGUACCUACGAAGUGUCGAUACCAGAAAAUUGUGCCGAGGGAACGACCGUGGCUUGGGUACAGGCUUUGGACGGAGACAGUGGUAACUUUGGAACAGAAGGGAUACGAUAUACAACUUUAGGCGGUAGCAUUGCACAUGCAUUGGCAAUGGACCCUCUCACCGGCGUGAUAACGGUCAAGCAUGUUGGUCCAAGUUUCGAUCGAGAAUUAGUUGCUCGGCAUUAUCUCACCGUCGAGGCGCGAGACAAUCUUGGAAAAGGAAAUCGCAACUCCGCCCAAUUGAUAGUUAAUAUUGACGACGUUAACGACAACGCUCCUAUAUUUCUGCAAAAUAAAUAUGAGGCGGUGCUGUUAGAGAAUGAAGAUCACUUCGAAUCGCCUCUGAUCGUCGAGGCGUCCGACAACGAUUUAAACGGGACGCGAAACAGUGAGAUAGUAUAUGCUCUGAUAUCAAGCGAGUUCUCUCGAAAUUUUACCAUCGAUCCGAAACGUGGCGUUGUUGCACCCAUCCGUCCCCUGGAUUACGAGGCUCUGCCUAUCAAUCAGGGACACAAAGAAAUGAUUAUACGUCAAUUGAGAUUGACAGUAAGAGCCAGGGAUCUGGGCACACCGAGUCUAACUUCUGACGUUCCUCUGGUCAUUUACUUGAGGGACGUUAAUGAUAACGCUCCAGUUUUCGAAAAAGCUACGUAUAAGAGAAAUAUUCGUGAGGAUUUGCCGGGUGGCACGAGUAUUGUACAAGUGAAAGCUUGGGACAAAGACUUGUCGUCGCCGAAUAAUAAAUUGGUUUAUCGAAUACAAAGCGGGGCCGAAGACAAGUUCGUAAUUAGUCCCGAGACAGGCGUGAUUCGAGUGGCACCGGGUUCGAACUUAGAUCCGGAUCUUACAUCGCCGAAAACCAUGAGAUACAACUUAAACGUUAUCGCCAUCGAUAGCGGUACGGAAAUUCAACGAACAGCUGAAGUUCUCGUGAACAUCACGAUCCUAGAUGUUAACAAUAAACCGCCUGUUUUCAUCGAUCCUGGGACUGUCACUAUCAGAGAAAACACUCAGGUCGGUGCCUAUGUUCAUCGCGUAGUGGCGGAAGAUCCAGACGUGGCACCGAUUCUACGUUAUCGCGUAGAUCCCAACUCAUCGGAGGCACGAAAUGAGGAGGGUACUUUGAUUAAAGUGCAAGAGUAUGACUAUCUAGCAGCGCUAGAAUUAAAUGCAUUGGAUGGCUUGCUACGCAUAGUAAGGCUAUUAGAUAGGGAGAAAGUAGAAACCAUCAGACUAGGACUUGUAGUCGAGGACUUGGCCGCAGUAAGAGGCUUGCAAACUGCAUCUGCCACACUGAGUAUAAUUAUCGAGGAUGAGAAUGAUAAUAAUCCUAAAUUUCGGAGACCAUUUUAUAGACGAUCUGUUACCGAAAACAGUAAAAAUGGUGUCAACAUCGCGAAUAUUGUCGCCGACGAUGCCGAUAAAAAUCGUAGUAUUACGUAUUCCUUACAAGGGCCGAAAGAGAUUGCCGAUCUUGUACAUUUGGAUCCUGAGACCGGAGAAAUGGUCGUUGCUAACAAAAUCGACAGAGAAAUGUAUUCCUGGCUAAAUUUAACUGUUAAAGCCACGGAUUCUGGAAUUCCACCUCGGUCAAGUCUAUCGGAAGUAUACGUUCAAGUCUUAGACGAAAACGACAAUAACCCAUAUUUUGUUUCAAAUAUCAGUACUGUGUCCGUUAUGGAGAAUUCGAAAAUUGGCACGGAAAUCGCUGUUAUACAGGCAGCAGAUUCUGAUAGCGGCGACUAUGGGAAAAUUACUUAUCUCUUGGACAGAAUGUCAUCUCAGGGGAUUUUCGCUAUUCACUCAGAAACGGGAUCAUUGACCGUGGCUGACGUUCUGGACUGGGAAACCAAACACAGUUACGUUUUGGUCAUAGAAGCGUGGGAUAAUUAUCAGUUUGGUUAUACGGCGGGAGAGUCCCGAAACGCGUUUAAGCAAAUUCAAGUGACAGUCAUCGAUGUAAAUGACAACGCUCCGAAAAUGGAUUUACCUCAGGACUGCAUCUCGAUAUCUGAAUUUCACGACGUGCGGGACUUGAUUUACGUUAUAAAAGUGGAGGAUAUUGACGAUUCGGAGACGCCAAAUGGACGCGUUAUAAUUAGGAUCACUUCCGGCAAUGAAUUAGGUUUGUUUAUAUUGGAACAAACUGAUUAUUUGACGGCAAAGAUAAAAGCUGCGCAACCAUUGAGAGGAAAAUUCGGAAAUUACACAUUAAGCGUCGAAGCACGCGAUCUGGGAACACCAUCCAAUAAGGAUAAUGGAAUUUUGAAAAUUUGCGUCACGGAUUACAACGAUAAUCCGCCUUUGUUCGUGAGUCCUCAACACAACACCACCAUCCGUGUUCCAGAGAACAUAACAAUAGGAAGUCCGAUUAUUCAAAUCGAGGCGAUAGAUGCCGAUACAGGAUUAAACGGCGAUGUGCAUUAUCGUUUAAAGCAAGAUCUCGCGGGCCAUUGGAAGACCUUUCACAUCGACGAGAAAAUCGGCGUGAUAUCCUUGAAGUUACCGCUCGAUAGAGAGACUCAAAAAUUAUACGAGAUACGCGUCGAAGCAUAUGAUUUGGGUACUCCGACACCUUUAAGCUCAGAUCUCGAUCUAAUUAUUUAUGUGCGGAACAUCAACGAUUUCGAGCCGCAAUUUUCAAUCAGCGUCUUUAACGUUAACUUCACGGAGGAACAGCCGCCAGGAUCGGAAAUGGUGUUACUCCCAGAAACGUUUGACAAUGACGACGUUGACGAUUUGGAAGAGCCUCCCACUCAAGUCUGUUAUUUCAUAGUUGGCGGAAACGACGAUGGACUGUUCGUUUUGGAUAUUUAUAAACACGAGCUUGGCACUGCUAAGUUGCUGGAUAGAGAACAGCAAGAAGAACAUAUUUUGCUUAUUAAAGCAACGGAGGAUUGCAAGACCGUGCCGGAAAACCAAAUGACGUUCGACAAGAAUGACGCCACCUUAUUACAAGUUAUCGUAAGGGUUGAUGACGUUAAUGACAACGCACCGCAAUUUAUUAAAGAAGUUUUCACGGGUGGCGUUACCACCGAAGCAGACUUUGGCACGCAGUUUAUGAAUGUGAAGGCAAUUGAUGCGGACACUGGCGACAAUGCUGUACUUAGUUAUUAUCAAGUAGGCAAAAUUCAUAUGACAUUAACUGAAGGCUUCGAAGAUAUGCAAGUGCAGCCAUUUUUAAUAAAUAAGGAUGAUGGAACAGUGAGUCUAAAUUUCGAUCCUCAACGAGGGAUGAAGGGCUACUUCGAUUUCAUGGUACUCGUUAACGAUACAUAUGGCUUACAAGACACCGCGAGAGUUUUUAUCUAUUUAUUACGGGAGGAUCAAAGGGUUCGUUUUGUUCUCCGUCAACAUCCGCCAGAAGUCAGAAGUCGAAUCGAGACUUUUCGAGAAAUUCUGGGUAACGUUACUAGCGCUAUAAUUAACGUUGACGAAUAUAAAGUGCAUGAAAAUCAAGACGGUUCCGUGGAUAGAACGAAAACGGAUUUAUAUUUGCAUCUCGUGAAUCGUCGGGACAAUUCGAUCCUCGAGGUAUCCGAGGUUCUCGAGUUGGUCGACAGGAACAUCGAGAAACUCGACAACUUAUUCAAGGAAUUCAACGUUCUUGAUACGCAGCCGGCGAAGCCUGAGCCGAUUAUACAAUAUGAACAAGCUGGAACGACUUUCUGGCUUCUCACGUUGACCCUUUUUCUAGGAGCUCUACUGAUUCUGUGUGUCGCUUUAUGUUUGUCCCAAAGGGCGUCUUUCCGAAGGCAACUGAAAGCGGCGAACGCAUCACCAUUCGGUGCAUCGGACUCGGAAUUUAUUAGAAGUCCUGGCCGCGUCCCGAACACGAAUAAACACAGCGUCGAAGGAUCGAAUCCUAUAUGGAUGCACGCUUAUGAAAAUGAAUGGUUCAAGAACGAUGAGUCGUUCAGUCAUACGUCCGAAAGAGAUUCUCUCGACGAAAACGCGCUUAAUAAUGAGGAGAUGAUGAAUGAAGCUAAUACAAACCAAAGAGCUGAGGAUAAGCCGUAUUACAUAGAGCCAAGAGUUUCAACUAUUUCUAGUGUGGAGAGUAUCGACAUUGAAAAUAAUUUUAAUAGAAAUUCACCAAUUUAUUCAGGACCUAAUACGAUCGUCAAUCCUUUAGGAAAAAAGAUUGAAACAACGGAAUUAUAGCAAGUCAAUAAGUAUUGAGGUCACUCGUGAUUCACGCUACCUAUGCCACUGCAUAUUCUUUAGAUGCAGAAAAAUCAGGAUUAUUUUGUAAAUAAUUAUGUUAAACCAAAUAACAAAAAAUAAAAUGACUCAUCGACUGUUGCAACUUUAGAUACAAGAUGCCCGAAAAUUAUUUAUUGUAGCCUAUUUAGUACAUGAAAAGAACUUGGAAAAAAUGUAUAUUUAAUUCAUAAUUGCUAUGUAUGUAAUUGAUAUUUUUAUGAAUGAAUUGAUAUGUAUGACACGUAAAAGAUAUUUGUUAUUAUUACAAUGAGUGCUAAAUUUUUCGAACAAUUUAAUUUAUACUUCAAUAUUAGUCAUCGACUAUUUGCACAACGACCUAUCGUACAACAAAUUUUUGUACACCUUUGUAUUUUUUAUAGACGAAUAAAUAAUUUUUUU